AUGUUAAUCCUUACAGUGGAGGAGGCCAAGAAGAAGUUUGGCGAUCUCGAUACCAUUGUCUUGCCCAAAAACUAUCUACAAGAAUACCUCAGCGUCUCUGCAGAUGAGUGCUACGAGUGUUAUGAGUUUGUGCUCAAGCUCCGCUCUCUUUGCGACGACCCAAAACUACCGAGUCAUAGAAUCUUGGUUAAGAAAAUCACCGACAUUGGGAAGGACACCUUCUACAGUAUAGCCAAUGGUCACUAG